CCAUCCAGAUCUAUAUAAUUUGCCAAUCACAGCCUGUCUUCUUCCGUUUAUGUUUUUUUGGCUUACAUUUACAUUACAUACGAUACCACUCUCUCUCUCUCUCUCUCUCAAUAAAGAAAAGAACGCUGUUUGUUGAACGGAUCCUUUCCUCUCUCUCUCUCUCUCUCUCUUCAUCAUAAUAAUUAGUCCGUUGCUCACUGCGCGCUAAUUAAAUAUGUGCUGCGUAUGCCCAACGGCCAACUAGGUAGUUCAUAUUUCGUCCACCUUUAUUGCUAGUUACAGUGGGUUUCAAUUCAGCUCGUUCCUGGUUUGGGUUUCAUUUGUAUUAAUGAAGGAAGGAGGAGAAUGAAUUUUGGGUCGAGGGUUUUGGCGAGAAAUUUGGUUGAAUUGCAUUUAUAACUUUUAUACGAAGCCGGGAUAUGGGGUUCGAUUGGUUUUAUGGGUUUAUGUUGGGGAAUUGUCGUGGAGAAAUAUUGGCAUUGGGAAUGUGAAAAAUUUGUUACCUCUUUUUGGUUCUGGACUCCAAUUUCAUGUUUCUUGUGGGUAUUUCGGAAAUACAAUUGAGGGUUUGUUUGUGGAAGUUCAAAUUUUAGGUGAACUACUUUUUACCCCAAACUUGAGGCUUCAUUUGAUGUUUUCGUAUGGGGUGACCUUCGGAAAUACAAUUGAGGGUUUGUUUGUGGAAGUUCAAAAUUUAGAGUGUCAGUUUGAAAUUUGAGAUGUUAAGGGAAGAAGAGAAAGAUCAGACAUCUGGUGGAAGUUGGGCAUACUCAAGAUCCAUGUCAUGGACUGAACGCCCACCAAGAAAGUCUAAUCCUAAGCCACAAUGGAACAGCAAGGCACGGGCCUGUUUGCCGCCACUCCAGCCUCUUUCUAUUGUCCGACCAAGCUUUGAGGAGUGGCCAAGAGCUGGAUCAGAUGAUCUUGGCAUAUGGCCGAAUCCUCCCACUCCUGGUGCAAGGCCUAGAUCCAUAACGCCCCGUGAAAAUGCAACUUCGGAGCAGCCUCCAAGAGAAUUCGAGAGUGGGAAAGAUAAGCUUGCCUUUUUUGAUAAGGAAUGCUCGAGGAUUCUAGAUCAUAUAUAUUUGGGAAGUGAUGCAAUUGCCAAGAAUCGUGAAAUCCUCCGCCAGAAUGGGAUCACCCAUGUGCUCAACUGUGUGGGGUUUGUCUGUCCAGAAUAUUUCAAGAAUGAGCUUGUGUACAGGACACUUUGGCUGCAGGACUGCCCAUCUGAGGAUAUUACGAGUAUUCUCUAUGAUGUAUUUGAUUAUUUUGAAGAUGUUCGUGAACAAGGUGGCCGUGUUCUGGUGCACUGUUGUCAUGGCGUGUCUCGAUCAACCUCGUUGGUCAUUGCAUAUCUUAUGUGGAAGGAGGGACAGAGCUUUGAUGAUGCUUUCCAGCGUGUCAGAACAGCCAGAGGAGUGACUAACCCAAACGUCGGAUUUGCUUGUCAACUCUUGGAAUGCCAGAAACGCGUACAUGCACUGCCUGCAAGUCCUACUUCUGUGCUUAGGAUGUAUCGCAUGGCACCUCACUCUCCGUACGAUCCCCUUCAUCUUGUACCGAAAAUGUUGUGUGAACCAGGUGCGGACAAACUUGACUCACGAGGAGCGUUCAUUAUUCACAUUUCUUGUGCUUUAUAUGUCUGGAUUGGGAAGUACUGUUCCUCAGUGAUGUCAGAUAACGCCAUGGCAGCUGCCUCCCAAGUUAUUCGUUAUGAAAAGGCCCAGGGUCCAGUUAUAAUUGUCAAAGAAGGUGAAGAGACAAUUGAGUUCCAGGAUGCUUUCGCCUGUGGUAAAUGUUUAGCGGAUUCGGGUCAUGUAAGCUCUGAGGAGGAAAAGCGGUCCUCUGGAGGGUCCAAUACGGGUAGUACUCUUAGUCCAUGUAUUGACCAAAAGAAACUUAAUGAGUAUGAUUUAGAUUUUGAAAUAUUUCACAGAGCACUAGCUGGUGGGAUUGUGCCACCUCUUCCGUUGUCAGAAGUUGGAUCUGUGACACACCUUCCUGCUAGAGAGAAUGGGUGGAACAGAUUGAGUAUAAAGUCUGCCCGUGUUACUAUGGAAGAAUUUAUCACCUCUACUAAAUUGGAGUCUACUGCCUUGCAGACCGUGGGCACCUGUAGAGAACUUGAAUGCACUGUCUCUUCUGCUGAUCUUUCAAUCCCUUCAAGUAGUCCAUGUGACUCUCCAGAUUCAUUUGCUUCAUUUGUAACCAGCAGCCCAGGUUGGAUAGAGAAUAACUCAAAAGAAGUGGAUCUUCCUGCUCCCCUUUCUGAUACUUCACUCUCAUGUUCAUCUUCAUCCAAUUUGGUGGAUUCUUUUUCUUCUUUUUCUGUUAGUAAACCAAAAUCCAAAUCAACAUCGCCAUCCCCAGCAAUCUCACCUUCAACAUCUGAUUAUUCAAGUUCAUUCUCACCCUCAUCUUCUAACUGGUCUGACUUGUCAUUUGUAUCUGCCCAGCCAUCACUUUAUAGAUUCGAAUCUAGAGAUAUUGACCCUGGUAAGAGCGAUCCUACAGAGGAAAAUGUUGGUUUUGUAGAUAACAGUACAUGUUUACUCGAUGAUGUAACUUCAUAUUCCGAGAGAGGCGGGUCUGUGUUCAACCUCUGGAGAAAUCUCUUGCUCCCUUGUGGAGUGCAGAGGGAGUCGUCGUCCUCCUAGGAUGAUCUUUCCCUCCAUUGAUGAGGCAUCUCAAAUUUCAGAAAACUUGAUGAGAUACCUGGAAGAUCAUGCGAUAGAUGUUGAAAGUGACAAAUUCAAUCGUAAAGUUUGCUUUGGGAUGGAUGGGGAAGAGCCAAUUUCAGAUGCAAAUGGCCAUGCAGCUGCAGCUGAAGUUUUAAGCAGAUUAUGGGAUGGAAAGAAGUAUGAUACAUUUCAUCUUACAGCAGAUGAUAUGACUAAUAAAGUAGCAGAAGCAUCUAACCUAGUAUUCUACAAGUGGCCUUCCAUUCAUAAAAUGGACAUGCAUUUUGGCAUCCUUGCUUCUAGAUCCGUGUAUAUUAUACUUAUUCCUGCAUUGAGCUUUGGCACAAAAAUUGCUAAUGCUUUAUAUGUAUGGAUAGGGCGUAACGAGUCAUCAAAGGGAAGUCAUGUUCAGUUGAUCAGGAAUAAUAGCAAUUAUGAAGAUAAUCAUGCCCGUGUGGAGACAAUUGGUCGUAAUCUUCUCCAUGAGGAGGGUUUCAGUCAAAUUAAGGAUAGUGAAGGAAGGUGAGGAACCAGUAAAGCGCCUCAACAUCUAGCUUGCCUCUCUGCAGACAAGGAUUGCAAUCAAGUCAACCGGAGAUGCACACAUUUGGACAGGAUGUUUGAUUUUUACAGCAAAUGGUUGCACCUCUAGUGAGUUGGAUUGGCAUCCCAAACCCAAAGCAGGACAAGUUCAUGGGUUCUGCUUGUGAGAUGUAAGGAACAAAAUCCCAUUUUCGAUUCUUGAGGACUCUGUACAGGAAUAAGUUGAUGUAUGUUAAAAAAGGAAGGGUUUACAAGAAUCCUGUGGUGUCUUAAUAAGUUGUGUGCUGAGCGCUCUCGUCCAUUCUCCAUUCUUCACCUGAUUAUGUCAAGACAUUGAUCACUGAUCAGCACCUAAGGUGUAACAGCUUAUAUUCUGGGCCCAAGGGCUUGUUAAUCUCUUAAACGUAACAAGUACAAGACAACAAGGGUAAUUUUGGCAUGUAGUCAGUCCCAAUGUUUGCUGAAUGUAAUUACAAACAGGUCAGUUU